GAAGCUCCACCACCGUCCUGCCGCCCUGCUGACUGGAGUGCUGCUCCACUAAGGAACUUUCUUGUGCUCCACCGAAGACGCUUGCUUUCCACUGUAAGGCCGAGCAGCCGAUCCAAAGGCCUGGCUCUGGAGCGAUCCCGAGCCACCUGUAGCAUCAAGAUCAAGACCUUCUCCCCUCCCUCCGGCCACCACAGCUCCCUGCCUCCCAACUCCCACGCCCACGGUGAUGGCCGACCCCGCCCAGCAUCCAAGAAAAGAAUCACUUGCAGCAAGAUGGUGCGAGUCAUAUCAGUCCAUCACUUCACGCGUCAAGAUGUGGCUGGCCUGGAGCGCUCAGGGGGACGAGGAGUCACUAGGGGAAAAGAUGACAUCCUCCUGGUUGGUGGGGAACACACUGUGGACAUCCGUGAUCUCAAGGCUGGUGGAUCUUUGCAAGGCAGUUUCCCCACAGUUGAUCUGGUCCAGCAAAUUGUUUAUUGUGAAACAGGUAACUUCGUGGUCACAUUAGAAACCAAGCCAGCCAGACAUGGUGGUGAUCACAGAUAUGUACGAGUAUAUCUUAACUGGGAUCAGAGCACCACCAAUCAGCCAAUGAGGGCCAGGAUUGCCGGACGUGUCACACCUAGCAGCCAAUCAGGUGUUGCUAAUUUAGAAAUGGUGGAAAUUCCUCUUCGUAAACCAGCAGAGUUCAUUGCCUGCUGUCAGUCAACUGGAAACAUUGCUGUGGCUUGUGGCAUCAGUGUGACAAUAUUCAGGUUCUGUGAAAAGACCCAUGAUCUUUCAAAAGUGAAAUUCAUUGAUUUUGAAGAGUACAUGGAACUUGACAUGUCCUUCAUUGUUAAGGAAGUUGCCAUGUCAGAGGAUUUGAUUGGUUGUAUAUCAGAGUCAGAAGCACAUAUCUUUCAAAUUACUAUCAAUUCACAACUUUUGAAAGCAAACUCUGAAGAAAAAGAGAGCAAACCACAAGAUAAGCGGAGCAAGUCCCGUUCCAAGUCUAAACGGUCAGCAUCAAGAUCCCCUGGCCGCAGUAUUGACUCCAUGAGCUCUGGGGGCUUGAUGAAAGAGCGUCUCAAGAAGGAGGAUUCCUUGGUAUCCAUAAGAGAUGCUGAUGACUAUGUAGAUUUAAGUGAACUUACGUGGGUGCCAACAUUAUCCUAUGGUCGUAGGCGUCCUGCUGAAGACAGUCGAUUUCUCCUGUUUCCCUCCCUUGUAGGAGCUGCUCAGUGUGGGCCGGUAGCUGAACCAGGGGAGGUCAUUGGUCCUGUAAGCUCAGCCCGAUGCUCCAGUGUUCGCAUGAAGGUUCUCACCACAAACUCUUCAGGAGUGAAGCUUCCAGCAAAUGUGUUUGAAGCUGUGACUCUCAUCCACCGGCGAGCUGACCAUACUAGUGAUCCUGAUAUUCCCUUCUCCAACCUCAUGUUGAUGGCUGUGUAUGAUUCAGAGAAGGGAAAGAAAGAUGGUAAAGCAACUCCCCCUCGCCGGCCCUCACACCCACUGCAGCCCUCUGGGUCAGCCCUCAAGGUUGGUGCUUCAGUCUUCCUUACAACUCCUCAUGUUGGCCAACUGUACCACAUCACUCUCUGCCAUGAUGCCUUCAGUAGCAAUGUAGUGCGUGGUGGUGUCUUCUCUUACACUGCACCUGUGUACUCGGUGGCACUGGAGCCUUCUCUCCUGCACGCCCUCACACUAACUGGCCUGGAAACUUACACCCUCAGACCACACCCUGUUGUGGUUGUAUCACACCUUCCAGAGGGCCUCAACAUGGUUGUUCCCCCACACUGGGAGGAGACUGUGUGUCUUGUCGGACUGCGGCCCUUCCUUAAUGUUGAGACACUCACUCUCACCAAAUCUUGCCUGGCUCUGAUCGCUGCAAAUAAUGAAGGUGGUGACAAAUCCCACACUGUGUAUUCACUCCACCUGCCUAGUGCUGCCAACCUAUACAAAGAAAUGGUGCGUGUGGGCCGCAGCCACCGCUCUGCCUCUCCCUCUACUUACCUGCACCUACUACUAGAAGCUCAUCUGAUCCUUACCACAGCCCUGCACCAUGAGCUUCCUCAGGCUGAAGAGUCUGAUGAAGACCUGUGCUCCUUGUUGCAGGAUUCUUCUGCAUUGCUUGGUGAUUAUUAUGCCCAGUGUGAAACAGAGACAGAAUGGAAGCAAGCUACUCAGUAUUACCAGGUGUCCAGCCUCACCCCUGAUGCAGUAGUAGAGAGGUUGGAGCUGCAGUGCCCAGGCCUUGUUCCUGUUGUCUCAGCUCUUCUGCUCCAUCCCAACACAGCUCCACUCACUGCUGCACAGGCCAACUGUGUUUUGGAGAUGAUGGAAAAGAUUGCCCCACAUAAAGUUUCUUCAAUUAUUCUACAGUCUAAUUGCUUUAAGGAAUACAAGAAAGAUAAGGUACUGGCAAUAAUAAAGACAGAACUGUCCAAGACACAGGAGCCAAGACCAACGGACGUCCUGGCCUUGGCCCUUGUGAUUUUGGACAGAGGAUCACCUGAACAGGUAGCAACAGUUGUGGCCUCACUUCGAGCUUACCAGUUGGUAGUGGUGUUGCUGCAGCAUUCCCGUCUUCUCCUCACUACACAGGAUGGGACAACAACACUCUCCCCUCUGGCACAGGUUCUGGCAGAGCACAAGAAAGAAGUUUUCACGGAGGUGUUUGUGUCCAUGAUUGGAGAAGGCAGCCUGUCUUUGAAUGCCUUUGUGGAUGCCUUUAUAGCUGUGUAUCCAAUUGUGUCUUGUGGCCCUGAGUGCAACACACAUUCACUUUGGCUAAGAGAUUUUCUGGAAAAGUUCUUCUUGGAAUAUGCUCAUAACACUGAAAUCACUGACCAGCGGGACCGCUAUGACAGAGCUGUACGAGUGUUGGUGAGCCUUUACCUGGCUAGCCUGAUGGGUGCUUUUGGUGACAAGUCUAAGGAAGACCCAAAUUGGAGUGACCAGAGAGUAGCCUUGAAGGAGCUGUAUGCACCACGCCCAACUUUCCUAGCCCUUCUGCCUCCAUUUAGUCAAGAGCAGUCCCAGAGCAACAAGAGCCAGGCAAUAGUUUCUGUUGAAGGAGAAGCCCCUGAAGACAAGACUCCUUCAGAAGUUAAGGAGAUGAGGAAAACCUUGUCUUCCUCAUUGCUGCACCUUGUGGUUCUUCAAUCUCUCCUAAGCUCUGAUCUGCCAUCAUCAGAGGAUCGAUCAAAUGUUCUCAAGUUUGCCACUGCAAAUCCAUCUGUUUUGGGUGCCCAGUCUCUCAAGAUACUGUGCCUGGAUCGUUCACAACAGCUGGAUUAUAUUUUGGAGGAGUUUCCAUAUGCUCUUCUGCAGUUUGGAAAGGAUAUGUACGAGUCCCCCAUGGAGUGGGAAGAACUUGUGACAAAGUUAAUAAAUUAUAAAUCCAGCCUCUCAGAAUCAGAUCCAACUUAUCAUGUUUACUUGGAUGUCUUGAAUGCUGUACUAGGUGAAUUGGUUUUGACUGCACCUUUAGAUAUCUUCAUGAGGAUCAUCCCCAGUAGCCGCCAUGAAGAGUUCAGAGGGCACAUCCGGCAGUGCCACUCUGCUGCCUUGGCAGUCCACCUUCGCAAUUCUCUAAUGACCUAUGCCAAGAAUGUGUUGACACAAAUGGCAAAAUAACAUGUACUACUGAUUGACAACUCCAGGUGAUGUCUAGUCAUUAGACAUUAUGUAAAUAUUAUUAGCAGAGCUGAAAGGAGGAAUGUGCUUUGUUUUUGUUGAUGAGAAGGAAACAACAGUUUGGAAAAAAAAAUUAGGACAAAAUGUGACAUCAGGUCAAAUCUUUCCUCUUGUAGGCUAUUGAUCAUUUUAUCGUCACUUGGCUUCACACUGAUUAUGCUCUUCCUUCCAGCUUAUCUGGCUCUUAGUCAUUAAAAGUUUUGGGAAAGUGGAUUGAAUCUCUAGUAUUCUAGUCAUUUGAAUGAUUCAAGUACUUUGAAUAUUUAUGUGCUACCAUAUAUGGAACUUCAGAUUACUUGUCUUUCCCUUUUGGGUAGCCUUUGUUCUUUCCAUAAAGGAUGAUCAUGGCAAAGCUUUCAAUCACUCAACAUACUUAUAUAUGAUUGUUAUGCAAUUGGCUACGAGAAAGGGGAGAGUAAUGUGUUAAUACUAUGGGAACAGUAUGCUCCAACAAAUUUAGUUGUUGACUGGUUAUUAGAUCGAAACAAGAUCACAGUCAACAAUUACAAAAAUAGUAAUGGCUUAGAAGAUAGGUAUAGAUGUAACUAUUGGAAAUUGAUCUGAAGGGGGAUGUAUUGUAAUAAAUGAAAGAAUACAGGCAAUGCCAAGAAGGGAACUCUUACAUGUCUCUCAUACAAGCUCUAUUUGUAAACCAUGCAGAGUAGGGAGGAUGUCUGCUAGUGUGUGGUAACUUUUAGAACUUUCAUGGAGCACUAUUAUUAUGACAACCCUUUUAAAAGACAUAGAAGUAAGUAGCAAGGAAUAUGUGAUAAUUAGAUAUUCUUGUUAGGUAGUCUUGUUGCUUACAGUAGCUAAAAAUGUUUUAAGUGACCGGGUAACAACGAUCAUAGUUUAGGAAAUUUUUUAAAGUACGGUGAUCGUAUAUGUACGAUUGUAGCAUCGCAUGCGGAGAAGCGGGGAUCGUACCGGUAAUCAUGAUUUUUCCGCGCUAAAUGUUUGAAUCUCUCCCCUUCACUAUUGGUCCUGGGGCAAGUGGAGGUAUCUGGCAUCUUUUCUUGUUCACCUGCUUGAGCCUUGAGACAUAUGUUCCCUCACAAUGUCAUAUUUUCCCAUUUCAAGGCGACAUCUGGCAACCCCCGUCACCCGGAGGGAGGAAACGGUACUCCUAGUGAUGUUAUGUCAGUGUUACUCGGUAGAUGACAUUGAGGAGUGAUGAAAAUGAAAAUGGAUUUUUUUUUUACUGAGACAGAAGAAAGUGAAGACUCCAGUAGUGAUUCUGAUAGUGAUCUGGGAGACAGAGACCAACCCUUACAACGACGUUCAUAACCCUCCUCACGUAGCCUAUUCCCCUCCAGCAAUGCGCUGGUGUGUGUCACCCAUGGUUGCCUCUACAGGACUGUGCUUGUUGGCCAAUUCACGUGAAUCCCAUUGCUAAUAAGAGUUGCCAGAUUCCAAUUAUUAUAGAAACCCACAAUUCUUGUAAUAUGUAGUUUCUUUUUCUUUUCCAGUUUUACACAUCAUUUCAUAUACCUGAGUUAGCAUUUUCUUGACAUUAAAGUGCAAUUCUAAGAAAUUGACUUGAGGCCUGUCCAAACGAGUGGGCCUGAUCAGCAGGCAUGCCCAUUAAGAGGCACACUUGAUGGGCAAACGGUCUAAUUGCCCAAGUGCCCGUCAAGCGAAAUCACUGAGGUGGUGCCCGGUAGCUGGAGCUUUGACCCUGCCAGACAUAAAAGUUAAUAUCGUGAACCCACAGCAGGCUUUCCUCCCACAUCCCACGUCAUUGUAACACAGUUCACAUUUCACCAUGUCAACCCCGGAGAACUCAAGCAAGCCACCUGCCAUUUAUUAGUCUAAAGCACUGACUAGCAUGUUGACUUCUUUAUCAUGAGAAUCCAUGUUUAUGGAAUGUGAAGCUGGAAUGCUAUAAGAAUAGAGAGACAAACGCAUAACAGCACUGAAGACAUUGCUACAGAGAUAAGAGAGCAUGGUGCUUCCGUUACGACAGAUGACAUAAGAAAGAAAAUGACACCAUGUAACCAGUUUCGGCAUGAAUGCAAGGUGAAGCAUUCACAAAAGUCAGACUUGCUAAAAAUUGCUUCUGCUGUUAUGCUGUCUCUCAUGUUUGUAUCCUUUUCAUUAUGUAAGGCUUCACCUUUGCUAGUAAAAUAUACAGAGUGCUUACACUCAUUCUCAUAUAAUUUCUGAUGUCUAGUUCAUGAUGUGUUGCUUUCAUAUACAGUAAUACCUCUAAGAUAUGAACGCCCCAACAUAUGAUUUUUUUUUUUUUUUUUUUAUAUA